AUGAAUUACUCAAGAUACUUCUUUGCAUCCUGGCUUUGCAUCAUGUUGGGUUAUUCUCAAGCUACUCUAAGAGAAGACCUAACAACUCUUAUGACAUACUUUAAUGAAAAUGUAUCAUCUGAUAUAGCUGAAAAUGGGACUCUUUUCUUGAAUAUGAUAAAGCAUUGGAAAAAGGAUGGUGACAAGACAAUCAUAAUGAGCCAAAUUGUCAGAGUUUAUUUAGAAAUCUUUGAAGUCCUCAAAGACAACAACAUCAUCAAAAAAAGCAUGGAGAACAUCAAAGAGGAUAUGAUCAUGAAAUUCUUCCCUAACAACACUGCCAGCAAAGUUCAUGACUUUGAAACGGUCAUCAACACUAAGGUGAAUGACCUCAAUGUCCAAAAGAAAGCUAUAUUCGAACUAGCCCUUAUCAUCAAUGAUCUCUCAUACAAACCCAAUCGAAGAAGGAGCAAAGGAAGACAGAACAGAAACCAAAGAGAAAUCAAACAGCAGUCAUUCGACUUGUAA